AAACAGAUACACACACUCAACAGAGACACACACACACAUUUUCUCACACUCUCUCUCACACACACACACAUACACUCACACACACUCAUCAAUCACACACACGCUCGGCCGGGGGCUGUACAGACAGACCUGCCAACUUUGGGUUUCUUGAGGAGCGGCGUAGACUCAGCCAGCAGCAGGCAACACGGUGUUCCGACAGCGGCUCUGUAUGGUUAAACAGCCGCCACUGGAUUCACUGUUUUCGGCUUAACCUCCCCGGAAUCCGCGGUUGGACUGGCUGGUAGUUUAGCUUAGCUUAGCAUAGCUUAGCGUUACUGUCCAUCUCUCCGCAUUGCUUGGCUAGCAAACGAGAGGCUAAGCUAGCCGGCACAGCAGCGCAGCUCUCCGGCGACCUCACCCCCCGAUUCCUCCGUAACCACACAGAUUCGGAAUGGCGUUGAAACGAAUUCACAAGGAGCUGACUGAUCUGGGCCGGGACCCUCCAGCACAGUGUUCUGCAGGACCAGUGGGAGAUGACUUGUUUCAUUGGCAGGCUACAAUUAUGGGACCUAACGACAGUCCAUAUCAAGGGGGCGUGUUUUUCUUGACCAUACAUUUUCCUACAGACUACCCAUUCAAACCACCUAAGGUUGCUUUCACCACAAGAAUUUAUCACCCAAAUAUUAACAGUAAUGGCAGCAUCUGUUUGGAUAUUCUAAGAUCGCAGUGGUCACCAGCAUUAACUAUUUCUAAAGUUCUCUUGUCCAUCUGCUCUCUGUUAUGUGACCCCAACCCAGACGACCCGCUAGUGCCAGAGAUAGCUCGCAUAUAUAAAACAGACAAUGAAAAGUAUAAUAGACUGGCCAGAGAGUGGACAGAGAAGUAUGCCACACUGUAGGGGUAUAACAGAAUAGCUCGGGAAUGGACUCAGAAAUACGCCAUGUGAUACCUGACGGAAUCUCACCCCAACAGAUCUGCAUUAUAGCCCCCUUCUCCCACCUUCUCAACGAUCUGGCACUUCCCCUCCACCCCCACCAGCCUCCACCACCCCCACCUCAUCUCCAACCAAACCAGUGAUUUUGUUUAGUUGUUUUCUGUCCCUGUUAAAGUGUCCUGCGCUGCGAGCGAGAGGACGUCACGGCGAGAUCACGCUCUGUCCAUCUUUUGUAAAACGCUCUCGGGUCUGAACUACGAAGCAUGUGUAUCGUCGAGGACCCCGCCCACUCUGUAACCAGGUGUAAUAAAACAAAGACAUAAAGCAAAUAAAUAAGAGUAUCAAGCGCUUUUAUCUCACGCCACAUACUGGAGGUGCUAUAACGAUAAAAAAAAUCUAUAUGUAUAAAUAUAUAAUGAAUAAAUAAAUAAAUGAAUAGAUUAAAUAAUGGUCCUUUUGUGAACAAUCUGUCACUGGGUUGGCCUUCACUUUUUUAUAUAUGAAAAAAUGCUUUUACAAUAGCAAUGAUCCAGUCUGUGAACUAUACUCCUCCUGCUUCUGACUGACUCGCCACGGGCAGAACCGGCCCCAUGGUUCCAUCAGCAGUUCUGAAGAAUAUAAGAUCUAUUUUAUGCAUGUCGUUAGGAUAAUAACCGUGAAUGGGUCAGCCGUCUGCUGAGAAAACAGUGUUAAACACACGUGUCCACUUGAGAACUUUUAUUUUGUUACUCCGUUUUCCUGGCUGUUUCAUUUCUUCCCCCUGUCGUUUAUAGAACGAGGAGCUAUUAGUUCAUCUGCCUUCCUCCUCCACACUGUUGGCUUGUUGCACUGAAUUUAUGAUUGGACGCUCCUGACGGAUGACCGGUCAACUAAUAGCUCCACUAGCUGUUCAUUUGUUUUCUCAAUAAAGUUGGUAAAAGUACUGA